CACACCCGCACGCACACACACCCCUGCCCAGCCUCCUGCCCGCCUCCGCCUUCGGAGGCUGACUAGCCCCGGCGCCGUUCCAGGCCUGUGUCGGGCGUAUCGGCAGCCGCUUGGCGGCAAUCCAGGGCGGCGCGGGGCCUGGGCGGGAACCGGGAGGCGCGGCUGGCAUGGAGGCGCUGCUGCUGGGCGCGGGGUUGCUACUGGGCGCUUACGUGCUUGUCUACUACAACCUGGUGAAGGCCCCGCCGUGCGGCGGCAUAGGCAAUUUGCGGGGCCGCACGGCAGUGGUCACGGGCGCCAACAGCGGCAUCGGGAAGAUGACGGCCCUGGAGCUGGCCCGCCGGGGAGCACGCGUGGUGCUGGCCUGCCGCAGCCGGGAGCGCGGGGAGGCUGCUGCCUUCGACCUCCGCCAGGAGAGUGGGAACAAUGAGGUCAUCUUCAUGGCCUUGGACUUGGCCAGUCUGGCCUCCGUGCGGGCCUUUGCCACUGCCUUCCUGAGUUCUGAGCCACGGUUGGACAUCCUCAUCCACAAUGCCGGGAUCAGUUCCUGUGGCCGGACCCGCGAGGCAUUUAACCUGCUGCUUCGGGUGAACCACAUCGGUCCCUUUCUGCUGACACAUCUGCUGCUGCCUCGCCUGAAGGCAUGUGCCCCUAGCCGAGUGGUGGUGGUGGCUUCAGCUGCCCACCGGCGAGGACGCCUCGACUUCAAACGCCUGGACCGCCCAGUGGUGGGCUGGCGGCAGGAGCUGCGGGCAUAUGCUGACAGUAAGCUGGCUAAUGUACUGUUUGCCCGGGAGCUUGCCACCCAGCUUGAGGGCACUGGCGUCACCUGCUAUGCAGCCCACCCAGGGCCUGUGAACUCGGAGCUGUUCCUGCGCCAUGUUCCGGGAUGGCUGCGCCCACUUUUGCUCCCAUUGGCUUGGCUGGUGCUCCGGGCACCCAGAGGAGGUGCCCAGACACCCCUGUACUGUGCUCUACAAGAGGGCCUCGAGCCCCUCAGUGGGAGAUAUUUUGCCAACUGCCAUGUGGAAGAGGUGCCUCCAGCUGCCCGAGAUGACCAGGCAGCCCAUCGGCUAUGGGAGGCCAGCAAGAGGCUGGCAGGGCUUGGGCCUAUGGAGGAUGCUGAACCAGAUGAAGACCCCCAGCCUGAGGACUCAGGGGCCCCAUCUUCUCUGAGCUCCCCCAACCCUAAGCAGCCCACAGUUUCUGAAUCCUACCCUAACCCUCAGAGCUCACCAGAUUUGUCUAAGAUGACACGCCGAAUUCAGGCUAAAGUUGAGCCUAAAACCCAGCUCUGCUAACCCUAAGGCCAGGAUGCUUUCCAUGGAACUUUAUGGCCCUUGAAAACCUCGGAUGUGUGCCAGGCCAUGCCCUGGACACUGACGGGUUUGUGAUCUUGACCUCCAUGGUUACUUUCUGGGGUCCCAAGCUAUGCCCUGGACAUCUUUUUCUGGUUGAAGGAAUAAUGGGUGAUUAUUUCUUUCUGAGAGUGACAGUAACCCCAGAUGGAGAGAUAGGGAGUAAUAUGCUAGACCCUGUGCUUCUUGGGAAUUUGGAUUUAGUAUUUCCAGGCCCCACCCUCGUUCAUUCUAAUCAGCUCUGGAGCAGAGGCAGGGAGCUUGCAAUGUGAUACACUGCCAACAUUGAGAAUUAGUGAACCGAGCCCUUUGCAACCAUCUAGCUAGGUAAAUUACCCCCAUGUUCUUGAAACGGGAUUAGGCGCCCAAUCUAAGGGAUUCGCCUAAGGUCUCACAGCGAGUAGAAGCAGGGCCUGGGAUUUGAUCCCAGGGCUUCGAGCUCAGGGCCGACUGCCAUAAGAUAGGUGCUAGGAAGUGAGUCAAGGCAGGGCAGUUGGUAUCGAGGUGCCUCAUGGGAGUAAGGGGACUCCUGGGCGGCUGCAGGCAGGCCUGGGGCUAUCUGCAUCUGGAGCCCCUUAGAAUAAAGCGCAUUGACCGCC